CGUAAUAAUUUUUAUUUAAUCAGAUGUUUUUUUUUAAUUUUCUUGUUGAUUUUUUGGUUUAACUGUUAAUUAAAAGAUAAAUAAAUGACGACAAUUAAAUUUGUUAACCGACAUUGUAAUUAUUUUUUCAAAUUACGUAUACUGACAAUGCAUCCAUGUCAUCAACAUAAUCAAAUUGUCGGUCUAAAACAAUUGGUCAACUGUUAUAAUAAAAACGGUGGUCGGUUAAUUUGUUUUCCUGUUGAAAGUGAUUCUAUUGAAGUGAUUAAAGAUCCUAAAUCUUUUCAUAAUAAAUUAAAGAGAUCAAUUAAUUCUAGUUCAAAGAGAAUUGUUUUGUCUUCUCUUUACCUUGGAACUGGUCGUUUGGAGAAAGAGUUGAUUAAUAUUCUUAAGAAAAGAUUACAGUUGAUUAGUGAUUUACGUGUUAAUAUUUUGGUUGAUUAUAAUCGAGGACAAAGAUUAAAUCAACAUGAUGAUCCAAAAUCUUCUAGUAAAGGUUUACUUCAAGAUUUGGUUAAUCGGGCAAACAUUUAUUUCUUCCUGUCACCGGCAUUUUGUUCAUAUUUUCAUCGACAUUUAACUUUACCUUUACAAUUUGUUAAUGAAUGUAUUUCAUUGCAACACAUUAAGUGUUACAUUUUUGAUGAUAAUUUAAUCAUCUCUGGUGCCAAUUUAAGUGCUGACUAUUUUACUAAUCGUCAAGAUCGUUAUAUUUAUGUACAUAAUUGUCCAGAACUUUGUAAUUACCUGGAAUCUGUUGUUAACCUGAUUGGAAGAGUUGGUUUUAAAUUGACUGUUAAUGGUCAAUUAACUACCGAUUCAAGUGAUUCUUUUAAUCCAUUUGAUAGAGAAAAGUUUAUCAAAACAUUUAAAGAUAAUUUAACUCAAAUUCAGUCAAAGUAUUUAAAGUUAGAUGAAUUUUCAGUUACUAAAGUUUCCGGAGAAACUUUGAUUGUUCCUACAAUUCAAAUGAAAUAUCUCCAAGUUACCGAAGAUUUUGAUCUAACCUCAACUCUUUUCAAUUUGGCUCGUCAUUCAUCUCGAGUUAAUCAUCUGGUUAGUGGAUAUUUUAAUCUAACAAAGGAUUAUAUUGAUCAUUUAACCCAAUUAAAUGUAUCCACUCGUCUUAAUGUCUUAGCAGCAUCAGAGGAAGUUAAUGGUUUCUACAAAGCGAAUGGAUUUAAAUAUUUGAUUCCAAAAAUUUACACCGACAAAUCGAAACAUUUUCUCGAGAUAAUCAAACAAACAUCGGCCAAUAUUCAAUUCUACACAUAUUCCAGACCGAAUUGGACCUUUCAUGCCAAAGGAUUUUGGACUUACCUAGAUGACGAUUCUUAUGUUACCUCAAUUGGUUCAUCUAAUUACGGUUAUCGUUCAGUUGAAAGAGAUCUGGAGAUGCAAUUUCUAAUUGUCACCAAAGAUUCAACUUUAAUUGAUAAAUUAGAAAAGGAAAGGAAACAAUUAUGGAAAUUUGCUUCUCCCAUUUUAGAUCAUAACAAUUUACCACCAAUCUCAUUAGGAACUAAAUUAAUCUCUUCCAUAUUUGGUAGCUAUUUUUGAUCAGUUGUUAAUAAUUAACAUCAACAAAUUAUCUCGUAAUAGUUAUUAAUUUGUAUCCUGUUUUAAUUGUAACUUGUUAAAUACUUUCUCUUUUUUUGAUAGUCAGUUGAUAUUAUGUGAUCUCGAUGAAUAAUUACCUUUGAUUGUAACAAUCAAGCAAUAAAUGGUUUACGUUCAUCAUAAUAA